CUCAAGAGAAAAACAGCGAAACAGUAAAAAGUAAAUGUUUUUCUAAUAAUUCCUUUUAAAAAAUCUUAAUUUACCGGAUUCUUCGGCCUCUUCAUCGAUCGACUGUACGCGAGUUUUAACAUGAACGGAUUGUUGUGUAAAGUAGCAAGUAGACGUACAAUUUUGAGCUUUUGUCGUUCUGAAGGAAAUUUUGGCAUCUUAUCGUUAAGGAAUAACGAAAAAUACAACGAAAAAACUGUUAGUCGUUUAUUGGAACCAGCGAGUGACGGUUUUGCUUCAAAUAUGCAUGGCAUCAACAAACGACAACGAACGUCGUACAACAUGAAUUUCUUCCCGCCGCCUCCUCCGCCGGAGCCCUUGAGUGUCAAAUGCGGCGACUUAUGGGAAGGAUUUCUCGGCAACUUCGUUCGACUUCGAGGGCGCAUCGUCAAAGCUCGUCUCGGGCGCUUUUUGGAGAUCCGCGACAGUCGUGGCAUCGCUCAACUCGUUGCUGACGACGAAAAUCCCCGCAUUUUACGCAUGUUUCAAUCGAUCCCGAUUGACAGUUACAUCACGGCAUACGGAAUUGUUCGUUCGCGCUUGAAACCAAACAAAUCCAUCCCAACUGGAAGUGUCGAGUUGCACGUCGAAGACAUCCGUGACGUCGAUUACCCGAUGGAUAACGAGACAAAUGGCGUGAAUCAACGCAGAAAUUAUUGCACAUCAUCCGCAGCAGCAUCGCGAACUGUCACAAGCAUCGAAUUUAAAAAAAUUAACGGAUCCAAGGGACUUUUGGAUCGUUUAAAUAAUCGCUUAACGACUUGCGGCGAGCUUCGAUUAGCUGAUGUCGGCAAACAAGUGACGCUCGUUGGCUGGAUCGACAGAAAAAAACACGGGAAAUUCCUGCAUCUACGAGACGGCUACGGACAAACUCAAAUUGUGAUCGAUAACGAAAAUGCGGCGAUAAAACAAAGUGUUGCUGCGUUAACUGCCGAAUCGUUCGUUUUGGUAAAAGGUUAUGUCGUCUCGAGACCUUCAAGUAACAAAAAUACCGCUUUCGAAACGGGCGAUAUUGAGGUUUUAGUCGAACAUUUCACCGUUCUCGAUCCUGAAGAAGCCUAUGAUGGUCCAAUUUUACCGCAAAAUCAGGAAAAUGAAGCAAUGGAAGUCGCCAAUGACAAUUCCGAGAACGGCGCUUCAUCCCAAACUGGCGAAUCGUCUUCCGUAUCAUCAAGCACAAGGUCUCCUAAAGCACCAGCAUCCCCCAAAGUCAACAAUUUUACGAUACGAACACAUACUUGCGGCGAAUUAGGCGACAAAGACAUCGGAAAAGAAGUUACGCUCUGUGGUUGGCUUGAAUUCGAACGAAUGCGAAAGUUUUUUACGCUUCGCGAUGGUUACGGAUGCACGCAAAUCAUGUUGCCUGAUGACACGGGCGAUAAAUGGCGCAUCGAGACUAUUCCUUUUGAGAGUAUUUUGCAAGUAACGGGCACCGUAAUGGGUCGUCCGCCGGGAAUGCGUAACGAAACGAUGGCAACGGGCGGUAUCGAAGUCAUUUUAAGUGAUUUGAAAAUUUUGAACAAAGCCAAAUCCAAACUUCCAAUCGAGGUGCGGGAUCACAAUCGAGCAAAGGAGCCUCUGAGACUCGAAUAUCGCUAUAUUGACCUGCGAUUCGCCGAUAUGCAACGAAAUCUGAGGACACGAUCGAAAGUUUUGAUGCGAAUGCGGGAAUUUUUGAUAAAUUACGCGGGAUUUGUCGAAGUCGAGACCCCGACGUUGUUUCGUCGAACGCCAGGGGGCGCUCAAGAAUUCGUUGUGCCAUCACAGAUGCCUGGAUUGUUUUAUUCCCUGGUUCAGAGCCCGCAACAGCUCAAGCAGAUGUUAAUGGUUGGCGCUAUUGAUCGAUAUUUUCAAAUUGCGCGAUGUUAUCGUGACGAAGCAACACGUCCCGAUCGUCAACCUGAAUUUACGCAACUUGACCUUGAACUGUCCUUCAGCGAUCGCGGCAAAAUUAUGGAUCUCAUUGAAAACGUACUUGUUCAUUGCUGGCCCGAGCAUUGUGGCGUCUUAAAUACACCUUUUCCGCGUCUCACGUACGAACAGGCGAUGUCAGAAUACGGAACAGACAAGCCUGACAUUCGAUUUGCCAUGAAAUUAACAGAUAUCACAAAAGCAUUCGAUAAUAACGAAAGUCUCAAAGAGGGACAUAAAAAUUUUGGCGCUUCUGCGAUCGUUAUUAAGAGUCCGCACAGCGCAUUUCCGCAUUUAUUGAAGGAAAAUUUGAACAAAAUGGCGAAACAACUCCCCAAAACGAAAUUUGUGACGUCAAAAGUCGUGCCGGAUGUCGCGCAAUGGAUCGAAGGAGGUCUCGUGCGAUUAUUGGGACCCGAAGUGAUGAAAUCCUUAGCAGCUGAUUUGCAUCUCGAGCCAAAUGAUCUGCUGAUGUUCGCUUAUGGCGACAAGGAACAAUCGCAACUCAUGAUGGGACGAGUUCGGGUCGCUACACGACAAAACAUGGAAAUUCGCGGCAUUUAUACGCCCGACACUUCGUUCACGCUUUGCUGGGUAAUUGACUUCCCGCUAUUCAGUGAAGGCGGAAAAGAAGGAAGUCUUGAGACGGUUCAUCAUCCGUUCACAGCGCCGCAUCCGGAUGACAUGCAUUUAUUGGAAACACGCAAAGAUCUCACGAAAAUUCGUUCUCUCGCCUACGAUUUGGUGCUAAAUGGGCAAGAAAUUGGCGGCGGAUCGAUUCGGAUUCACGACGCGAACUUACAACGGACCAUUUUAAGUGAUUUGCUCAAGUUGGAUGUCACGGAAUUUAAUCACAUGUUGGAAGCAUUGAGAAGCGGAUGUCCCCCGCAUGGCGGAAUUGCCCUCGGAAUCGACAGGUUACUCGCAAUUAUGUGCAAUACAGACUCAAUUCGGGACGUUAUCGCAUUCCCCAAGGGAUUCGAAGGAAAAGAUCACUUGUCGAAGGCACCGCAACCCCUCACGGAAACGGAAAAACACCUUUAUCACAUCGCCAUUCACGAAUAUGACACAAAAACGGAUGAAAAAACGGAAACAAAUGACGACGACAACAAAAGUGCCGAAACAAACACACAACAAAACACAACAACAGAAGAAUCAGGAACCACCGAUAAACUUAAGGCAACGUCUUAAACUAAUUGAACCUUAUUUACCGUGAUCCUCCCUCCAAAAAAUUAACUUUUUAAAUGUUUAAACUUAUUAACUACCCAAAACUUUCCAAAAUACUAUUAUUAUUGAAUAAAUGUCUAUGCUGAAGUUCACGAAACUUCAUUCUUACUAAAAAAAAUACUUUUACCUAAAAAAAAAAUAAAAGACUAAAAACUAAUAAAAAACUAUACACAGAGGCAAUAUUUUUAGGAAUAAAAUCUUGUGUGCGUGGACCUGUUGCUUUCGUAAUAAAAGAAAAAAAUAAAAGAAAAGUACUAUAAAAAAUAAUGAUAUUA